AUGCAACAAGAGGUCCCGCCAUGGCAAGGGCGGAGUAAAGUCCGUGGCACUUGGACAGCGGCACUUUCCCGCCCUUGCUUCAAUCUGAGACGUACGACAAAGGUCCCAAGCUCGGCGGACCUGGAUGCCGCCCAGAAGAAGAACGGACACAGAUAUAGUUGGCGGGCUGACAACAAAAGGGCUACUACUCCAAUGCUCGCUCCGUUACAAGGGGCCGGCGGUGCUUCGGUGCUUCGCUUCAACCUCCGCACCCCCGCCGGCGCUACCCAUGAGAAACGUGGGCAAGCUCAGUUUGGCAAGACUAGCAGUCUAAUACCGGAUCUGCGCGGGAUGGCUAGUAAGGGCUCGGGUGUCGUAAAUGCACGAAAGCCUGCAAAGCUUCCCGCCUCAUGUCCACCUCCGCCUUUCGGUCACAUCGCCGAAGCCCGGUGA